GGAAGCCGCGCCCCUGUGAGGUUGCGGACCCCGAGCGGCGGCUGCAGGUCCAGACGCCAUGGCUGCGGAGCGGACCUGGCCGCUGCGAAGCUCUGGUGGCCCGAGUGCGCCCAGUCGGUGUGUGCCCGGCGCGAGGUCCCGGGCCCCGGGGCGCUCGCUCAGGUAAAUUUUUCCAUAACCUUAUGGAGAGAAAGGACUUUGAGACAUGGCUUGAUAACAUUUCUGUUACAUUUCUUUCUCUGACGGACUUGCAGAAAAAUGAAACUCUGGAUCACCUGAUUAGUCUGAGUGGGGCAGUCCAGCUCAGGCAUCUCUCCAAUAACCUGGAGACUCUCCUCAAGCGGGACUUCCUCAAACUCCUUCCCUUGGAGCUCAGUUUUUAUUUGUUAAAAUGGCUCGAUCCUCAGACUUUACUCACAUGCUGCCUCGUCUCUAAACAGUGGAAUAAGGUGAUAAGUGCCUGCUCAGAGGUGUGGCAGACUGCAUGUAAAAAUUUGGGCUGGCAGAUAGAUGAUUCUGUUCAGGACGCUUUGCACUGGAAGAAGGUUUAUUUGAAGGCUAUUUUGAGAAUGAAGCAACUUAAGGACCAUGAAGCCUUUGAGACCUCCUCAUUAAUUGGACACAGUGCCAGAGUGUAUGCACUUUACUACAAGGAUGGACUUCUCUGUACAGGGUCAGAUGACUUGUCUGCAAAGCUGUGGGAUGUGAGCACAGGGCAGUGCAUUUAUGGCAUCCAGACCCACACUUGUGCAGCAGUAAAAUUCGAUGAGCAGAAGCUUGUGACAGGCUCCUUUGACAACACUGUGGCCUGCUGGGAAUGGAGCUCCGGAGCCAGGACCCAGCACUUCAGGGGACACACAGGGGCGGUGUUUAGUGUGGACUACAAAGAUGAACUGGAUAUCUUGGUCAGUGGCUCUGCAGACUUCACUGUGAAAGUAUGGGCCUUAUCUGCUGGGACAUGCCUGAACACGCUCACCGGGCACACGGAAUGGGUUACCAAGGUGGUUUUACAGAAGUGCAAAGUCAAGUCUCUCUUGCACAGUCCUGGAGACUAUAUCCUUCUAAGUGCAGACAAAUAUGAGAUCAAGAUUUGGCCAAUUGGGAGAGAAAUCAACUGUAAGUGCUUAAAGACAUUAUCUGUGUCUGAGGACAGAAGUAUCUGCCUGCAGCCAAGACUUCAUUUUGAUGGCAAAUAUAUCGUCUGUAGUUCAGCACUAGGUCUCUUCCAGUGGGACUUUGCCAGUUAUGAUAUUCUCAGGGUCAUCAAGACUCCUGAGAUAGCAAACUUGGCUUUGCUUGGCUUUGGAGAGAUCUUUGCCCUGCUGUUUGACAACCGCUACCUGUACAUCAUGGACUUGCGGACAGAGUGCCUGAUUAGCCGCUGGCCUCUGCCAGAGUACAGGAAAUCAAAGAGAGGCUCGAGCUUUCUGGCAGGAGAAACAUCCUGGCUGAAUGGACUGGACGGGCACAAUGACACAGGCUUGGUCUUUGCCACCAGCAUGCCAGACCACAGUAUUCACCUGGUGUUGUGGAAGGAGCACGGCUGACUGACUUUGGGUGCCAGGGCUGCGGGUUUUGAGUGCAACCUCCGUGGCAGCUGACUGCAUGAACCAAAGUUCUCACCUAAUGGUAUCAUCACGCAGUGCACAAUCAUUUAUCUCUGUUUGCCAGAGGGCCUGGGUUUCGGGUGGGGGAGGGUUUGUUUUAUUGACACACAACGCAGCAUGCUAAUGGGAUACACCAUUGACUUCAUUUGUACUUAGUUAUGUUGGUCAGUAUAAGAGGAUGCGUUUUGGAUUCAUCUUUCUUGACUGGAAUAUUGAUUUAAGUAAAGAACAUUAAAUUGGUUCAUUAACCUGCUAGUUGGUUGCCUAUGAAAUCAUAUUCAGUCUGUUAUUAAAGCUUUUUAACAUA